ACUGAACGCGUCCUAUAUUUUGUUUCCGGCCACGUCUUUUAGCAGAAGACGCCGAGUGGUGGAGUGACAACACCGUGCUUUCCAGCCUCUGUGCGGGACUAACUAUGCUCAGCUGAUGCUUGGGGAGUGAGGAGGCGGGCCGUGAGACACACAAACAUGGAGAGGGGCUGGCUGGUGGUAUUAUUGGGGGUGGUGUGCUGGUGUGCUGGGGCCGCCGGGGUGGAACUUACUUUUGAACUCCCCGAUAAUGCCAAGGAGUGCUUCUAUGAGGAGAUCGAGAAGGGCACAGCUUCCUCCCUCGAGUUCCAGGUUGUCACUGGUGGCCACUAUGACGUGGAUGUGGUGCUGGAAGGACCCUCCCGGCAGAUCCUUUACCGGGAAAUCAAGCAGCAAUAUGGGCAGUUCCAGUUCACCCCAGAAACCACCGGUACCUACCAGGUGUGCUUCAGUAAUGAGUUCUCCACCUUUAGCCAUAAACUUAUCUACGUAGAUUUUCAAGUCGGAGAUGAGCCACAGCUCCCUGGUGUCGGAGAACACUUCACUGCCAUGACUCAGAUGGAGUCCUCUUCACAAAAGAUACAUGAAGAUUUAAAUUCCAUCAUAGAUUACCAGACGCACCACCGUCUGCGGGAGGCACAGUCCCGCAAGAGAGCCGAGGACCUCAAUGAGCGAGUGCUAUUCUGGGCAGUGGGGGAGACCCUAGGUAUCCUGGUUAUUACUGUGGGGCAGGUUAUGGUAUUAAAGAACUUCUUUGCUGACAAAAAAGGAAAUCAAGCUUCCUACUAAGUGGUUUGUGAAAGAAGACUUUGCAAUGAUGAGGUUCAUUAAGCUACACGCACCAGCUGUUUGAAGACUGUGGCUACAGCCAGCCUAGAAGAUCUGUCACAUCGAGUGCAGGUUUUGUAUAUGUCAUCACUGUGGCAUUCAUGUAAUACAGACACUCUUGAAAUGAGUCUGGUGUUUAUAUUCCAGGAGGUUAAACAUACUAAUGGUAUUGAAAAAAGGUGAAACUCAAUCAGUGAUUCCUGAUUAGUGGAGUGUGAAAUCUUACUUCCUUUAAGUUAGUAUGGGUUGGAUUUUAUACUGAACUUAGUACUACUUCUUAUAACUAAUUCAUCUCUCCUUCUGACAGCUACAUAUCCUAAGUAACACUAAACAGUAUCUGUCUACUCCCUUGUCUAGUAAAUCUUCACAUCCUUGAUAUUGUACUUAUUGUUGGAGCUUCAGUUCCUCAGGAGAAAAGUAUAAAGUGAAAUUUCCCUCUGACUGCACGAAUCCUGGCCUCUGAGGAACCAGUGUUCAUCUUGACUAUUGGGAAAUCUUAUUCAAUAACAAGUACAGAUGUGACUGAAUUUGGCCUCACAUUUUAUGGAUAAUGUAUACCUACAAGUAUUUCAUACAAAAUAUAUAAGAUCCCUGGUUAAUGAUGCCAAGAUUGUUAUGUUGAUUGAACAUAUAAUAUCUAAAGAUCUUUUAACUUAAACUGUUUGUGUCUCCAAGUAGGUUUAGUUGUUGUAGGACAUGUUAUUCACAAGUGGUCAGUCUGUCUGCCAAUAGCACUGUGAAAGUUGGUUGAUGUUUUUUGGGAUAAACAUCAUCUGGAUCUAAAGGAGUCAAGAUAUAUUCUGAAUUGCAUUUGCUUCUACUGUACAAUUAGCAUAGUUUUUUUUUUUCUUCUCUCUCCUUUCUUUUGGAUUUGUUUAGCUUUGGGGGUAUUCCAAAUUUGGGAGGGAGGUUGAUUAUUGAGAAAUGUUUCUUGUUCAGCUUUACAUACUACAAAGGAUUUUGCACCUCCUAGCAGAAUGUUAGUGGAUAUUUUUCUUACAACCACAUUAUUGGACUGGGACAGGUAGUUGCAGUGUGUGAGAGUUGUGUACAUAUAUGAAGCUGUAUGUAAUGAUCUUUCUGGUGUUUGUUGCUUGCCUCACACAGAGUUUGCCGUGCCAGACUGCAAAGAGGGGAACAAAACAACCAUUCUCAUUGAGAUACAUAAUUUCAGCACAAACAUUGGCCUUUUUCCAUCAGAGUAGGUCAAGUGCAUUUUUGACACAUCCAGGAACAGCAGUGAUGGUACUUUCCUUGAGACACGUUUCCCUGUCAAUAUAACAACAGUAAUUCUCAAAACGAGUCCAAGCAAUAAUCAUUCCCCAUCAUACUGUCCAGCAUCUCACAACUGGAGGCAGA